UAUAUUUAAUCCACUUAAUUAUUAUAUUUAUUCUACUUAAAAAAGUGGAGGUGAUCUUGAAAUUUCGAAAAUGCCUCCACUUACAAAGUCAUUGUAUACAUUAAAAUAUUUCUUCUCUGAAACAGAACAUCUUUUAUUUGAAUAAUUUUUUCGUAUCUCCCAUUUUGGAGAAAAUUCAAUCGAUCAUUUCAUAAGACUCAUUCUAUAUACGUAAUAAAAUAUAUACUAAUAUGUACUAAUCUGAAUUGAACUUUUCUGAAAUGCUUCUUCAUUUAUAUAGAAUAUAAAAUUUAUAAAAAGAAGAAAUAUGUAAAAUGUUUUAACAUGUAUAAUUGCAAAUUGAAAUACACUUACAUCUUUUGAUAAUAAUACAUGAUUCUACUUUUGCUGUAUUGAAGUAAGUGUGUGCAGGUAUAUUUAAUAAAAAAAAAAAGAAAUUAUGUGCCUGAGAAAUGUACUCAAUCGUCAGAAGCAAAGUUUCUCAUUCUUUGAUGUUCUCUAAUAUAAUUAUUAAUUUUGUCAACAUUAAAAAAUGUACAAAAAUUAUAAUAGGAAUACUUAAUUUUAAAUCAUACUUUGUAAGUAUGUAUCAUUAAAUAAAAUAAUAAAUAUCAUUAAAUAAAAUGGACACGAUAUUAAAUAGAACUUUGUGUCUAACGUGAAAAAAAUCAAUGUUUCUUAUGCUCUCCCCGAUUUGAUACAGUAAAUCAGAAUUCAAUUUAGUUAUCGAAAGCAAUAAAAUCAAGCAUAGGUAUUUACAUAUUACAAUCAAUAGUACAAUGAAAAGAUCGGCGAAACUUCUGAAAACUUAUUAUCUCUUGGAUUUGGCUGAGAUUUUAAAAAUAGAUUCAUUUUGCAUAAAGAAUGCUUUUCAAUUAAAUCGAAAGUGACAGAUUUUCAAAAAUACAACCAAAAAAAGUAACUUCGUGCGAAGAAAACUUAUGUUUAUUUAAUUAAUUUAAUUUAAACAACAAAACGUUGUUUAAGUAAUGACGAUGUAUUAAAAUCGGAAAAUAUUAAGAAUAUAAUAGAUUCUGUAUGAAAUCUUAUUUAUACCAUAUAAAUAAUAUUUAUUUAUGUAAUUCUACUGUAAUUUGUAGUUUUAUCUUAUUUGUAAUUUCAUAGAAUAUUUUCAGUAUGUUUUUAAUUCAAACCUUCAAAUUAUACUGAAUCGACAACGUCGCAUGUGAAGACGAGGAUAAUGUCGACGCCUGCGCGAGGAAACGGCGGCUUGUCUAUUAGGUUUCGCCAACAAUUUCCCAUUUUCAGUUAUCGAUGGAAAAGAGUGGUCGUCACUUCAGAGCGUUAAAAAUUACAAUACAUUGCUAAAUGUGUGGUGCUCGCUUUGUCAUCUGGACAUGAAAAAUAUCGAAUUGCUUUUUAUCUUCAAGAGAAAAAAUUAUAAGUACUUGUAAAAAUAGAUAUAAAAGAAUGGAAAUAUAAAAACUGUUUGUAAAAAUUGUGUGUAAAGUGAUUUGCAAAAAUUUUUAUGUGCUUUGUAUUCAAUUCAAUUGUAGUAAAUACCUAGUGUACAUUUUGUUUUUAGUAUACUUAUUUUGAUUGAUUUAAUAAGAGCGUGGCACAGUUAUAAUUAUCAAACACCCAUUGCAAUUGACAUUUUUAUAUAAUUUUCUAUGUCUGAUUUGAAAUUUUUAUUUCUUGAUUUCCUUCUAUCUGAUUAUUUGAUUUGUUUCCACUUUCGCUUCUCGUAUAAUAACAAAGCAGAUAUAUUAGUAAAGACUAAUGCUUAAGAUAAUUAACAGGUGGUUCAAGGAAUUAAUAAAUCUGAAUUUUAAUUUUAACAAAUUAACAUUCAAAAAAUUAGAUUUCUUUAAAAACGAAGUAUUCUGCGAUAAUUUAAUUCUUUAAUAACAUAACUGAGUAAUUUUAAAAAAGUCAAUUUAACGCAUAAAAAUGUGCUACAAACUUAAACUAGAAAGAAAGAGAGAGAGAGAAGUUGAGUGAAAGCAAAUGCAAUAAAUAGGUAAAUAUGUAAAUAACAAGAGUAGCAAUAAGUUAAAGAAUUUUGCAAUCUUUUCCUUUAUAAUUGAAUAAUUGAAAAAAUAUUUUUUCAACUGGACAUAUUGAAUGUAAAAGAUUUUAUGUAAUUGGCAUUGAUCGAAAUACUAUUCGUGAUCACGCAAUAUCGUUCUAUUUUUGGGAAAUGUUUUUAACUCGGUAACCUCGAGAAAUGCCAGAUUUCACCAUCUUUAAGAUCGGUUAUACAAUUUGAUGAAAGUGAACGGAAUACAAAGCAGAAAAUUAUCAAAUUAACAACAAUCAAAAAAUGUUUAGAAUAAUCAAAAUAUGUAUUAGUUUAUAAGUAAUAUUAUAUCGACGAUUUUUCCAUUCAUAUCAGUGAUCUUACAUUAAAAUUACCUGCGAACGAUCGAAAAAAAGCAAAUUUAACCAUCUGUAACAAAUAAAUGAAUUAUUUCUCAUUCGCCUAGUUGAUAAUAUCGUAAGCAAUGUAAACGACAGUCGAAAUAUGUUUUCAUUGAAUUGCACUAUUUCAUUCUGCCAAUUUGAUGAAAAAAGCUCGAGAGGAAAAGAAAUUUCGGAAAAACGGACAGAGAUAGAAGAGAAAACGAACUGCAAGAUUUAGAAACGAUUUGUGUGAAACAGGGAGAGUAGAUCGAAAUAAAAAAUCGGCGUUCGGGAACAGAACGAUCGAGAUAUGGAUGAUGCCACGAUUUUGUUAAACACGACUGUCAUGGAAGCAUGGUCGACUACUAGUCAACCUAUUACCGAGAAUGAUAUAACUUCGAACAGUUUUGUGCAAUUAAUCUUUUACAUAUUUUAUGCAAAUAUUUUUGCGUUGGGUGUGUUUGGUAACAUGUUGGUAUGUUUCGUCGUGGCACGAAAUCGGCAAAUGCAGACAGUUACGAAUCUGUUUAUCACGAAUCUGGCAUUAAGCGAUGUGUUACUCUGUGUUUUGGCGGUUCCAUUUACUCCUUUGUACACGUUUCUCGAAGGAUGGAUAUUCGGAAGAAUCCUUUGCCACUUGGUACCGUAUGCACAAGGUGUUAGUGUAUAUAUCAGCACAUUGACUUUGAUGAGCAUCGCCAUCGAUAGAUUCAUGGUGAUCAUAUACCCGUUUCAUCCUCGCAUGAAGAUCAAAGUUUGUUUAGCCGUAAUCGUUAGUAUUUGGGUAAUUGCAUUGCUAGUAACCUUACCAUAUGGGCUUUAUAUGUACCUCGAGGAGCCACAUAUUUAUUGCGAGGAACAUUGGCCGGAUGAACGAUUUCGCAAGAUCUUUAGUUCUAUUACUUCGAUACUACAAUUUGUCUUACCCUUUUUCAUUAUCGCUUUUUGUUAUACUUGCGUCUCAAUCAAGUUGAACAAUCGAGCUAAAAUGAAACCUGGCAUCAAGACUAAUGAAAGGGAAGAGGUUGACAGAGAGAGGAAAAAACGAACGAAUCGGAUGUUGAUCGCCAUGGUCACUGUAUUCGGCGUAUCUUGGCUACCGCUCAAUAUCAUCAACGUUAUUGACGAUUUUUAUUCGCCAGCUAAUGAUUGGACCUAUUACAGACUCUGCUUUUUCAUGACACAUUGUCUUGCUAUGAGUAGCACCUGCUACAAUCCUUUCCUUUACGCUUGGCUCAACGAUAACUUUCGCAAAGAAUUUAAGCAAGUACUCCCAUGUUUUUCGAAAACGGUCAACGAUUGCACUACAAAAACUAGCGAAGGAUUUCGAAAUAAUACAAAAUGUAAUGAAAAUAAUACCCUUCAGGAAUUAUUAUUACAAAAUGAAACACAAAUAAGAACAUCAAAUCCUGAAAGUUGCGAAUUAAUCGUCCUUAAAGCAACCGUCAACAAUAUGUCAAAAGACCUCGAAGAAACGGAAGUUUUCUAAUUCGAUCAAGUUCAAUCGAUGACUAUAUCAUUCAAGAACAUAUUAUGAACAAAUUGUUUUAAGUAUUCCAAUUGAACAAUUUUUCCACGGUGUACAAUGGAUAAAGAUAAACUACGUAGAAAUCGUAUCUUGGUAAUAAUUUACUUAAAAACUACAGGUAUACAGUGCUUCGAAAAAGUAUUUUCGAUAUAGCUACAUAAUUAAAAGUAUAGAUUUCCGUUUAAAAAUGGAACAUGAUUUUAUUUAAAAAAUACUAAAU